CCCGGUAAAGUUGCCCCAGGCGGUACUUACCGGACUUACCGAAACCUUCAUGUAACUUCUCUCAUUGCACCAACGAUUGAGGCAAGCAAAGCUGGUGCCAGCAGAAGGCCUGUAGCCUUAGGAGGCGCUCAAGAGAGAAGUCACUCAGGUAAAUUUCUUGUCUCAUUGGAAUAACACAACACGUUUGGAGGGGUUGCAAGCCGUCUGAUUAGACGAAGUGCUGGCUCGCUAAUCUAGAAGGUUGUGUUCUAAAAUCCGAUCUGUGAAGGAAACGCUGCGAAGCUUGUUGGCAACCCGCCGCUGUGCAAAAUCAGUCCACACUUGGUCAUAUCGCCUCUCAAAAUGUGGAGGCUUCUUGUGAAACACUCGGCUGAGGCUGUGACAAGAGUCGCCACCUCGCCGGCGCAGCUUCCGUGCAACCGCACCUUGUCGUCUCUGGUCCCCAUCGUCCAGGACCGCAUUGUGACAGCAAUAAGCGCAGCAUCCCCGUACCACUCUGAUGGGGAUUGUUCCUGCAGUGGUUCGGGAAGCAACGGCUUUUCGGCGUCCUUCAAGAAGUACUCAACGUUGAGCAACUUGCACAAAGAUACUCCUGACAAUAACCUGAAAACAUCGUUUGACUUCACGCCUGCCAACUACAAGAAGAUUGAAGAGAUCUUGUCCCACUACCCUGCCAACUACAAGCAGAGUGCCGUGAUCCCCCUUCUAGAUCUUGCACAGCAACAGAACGAAGGAUGGCUGCCAGUCGCUGCAAUGAACAAGAUUGCUAAGAUCCUGGGGAUGCCGUACAUUCGGGUGUAUGAAGUGGCUACAUUCUACACCAUGUUCAACCGCGGCAAGAUUGGAAGGUACCAUCUGCUCGUUUGCGGGACAACCCCGUGCAUGCUGCGGGGAUCUCGGGAGAUUGAAGCCGCCCUGAUUGAGCACCUAGGGAUUGCUCGGGGAGAGACUUCGAAGGACGGCCUCUUCACCAUCGGAGAGAUGGAGUGCAUGGGCAGCUGUGUCAACGCACCAAUGAUUGCUGUUGCAGACUACUCCGCUGGAUCGGAGGGCUACUCGUACCACUACUAUGAGGACCUCACCCCUGACUCGGUGGUCGCCAUUGUGGAAGCUCUGCGGAAGGGCGAGAAGCCGAAGGCUGGCCCUCAAACGACAGAUAGAAUACGGUCUGCACCAGAGGGAGGCCCAAAGACGCUUCUCUCUGAGCCCAAGCCGCCGAAGUUCAGGGAUCUUUCUCAGGUAUAGUACUGUUGUUCUCGUUUCUAUAUUCAACGUGAGCGCCAGGCACAAGCAGGCCGUUGAAGUCCAAACGAAGCUCGACGUUUCUCGAAAGCGGGCUCCUGGUCAAUCCAGAUUGCUGAGCGCUAGUCCUCGCAGAGUGGACUCCACUGAGUCGUGACCGACAAUGAAACAAAAGAUGUACCGCAGAAGCGAUGGUCGCCGCUCACCCUCUUCAAGUCC